CUCGCUCCAGCACUCACAGCAGACAACAGGACUACAAUACACUGAUUUUAUUUUAUAAUGUUUCAGUCAACGUCAUUUAUUAUCUAUAACGGUGUUAGACACCACAAGCACUGAGUAGUCCUGGAAACACGGUUGGAAGUAGAUGCAUUCACCAAGGAGGCCUCAGUGUCUCUAAAUGGCAGCUGUGUAAUCGGAGUGGGACGAGGAAAAGAGCUGUACUGGCAUAAGACAUACGGCUUUCCACCCCCUUGUCCUCCCCUUCCCUCCCUUUCCACCCUGGCAGUUGUAAAUACAUCCAAGCCGUGCAGACCCCUGAGGAAUCCUACUCCCCUUUGUGCCCUUUCCCACCACUGCUGCCCAUUCCGAAUCCCCUGCCCACUCAGACUCUUCUGCUUAUGCUGAAGCAGGCCAAGGAGAUUCUCAGAUGAUCCAUCGGACUAUUCUGAACCACAUUGUCCACGCAGCUGGGGACGGGGAAGAGUAACUACUGCGAGUGUGAGAGCCCUUGGAGGGGGUGCUGUGAGCACCUUGUGAGGCCCGCCCACCAAGCCUGGCAAAAAGCUUGGUUUACCCCUUCUCUCUUUUAGCCCUUGAGAUGCCCUCCCCUCCUAAUGAUGGAGAGGAUCAAGGAGCAUCCCCCGUGAAUGUCCCAUCUAUGGGUUCCUACCGGAGCAGUGGGAAGAGGAAGGCGAACAGCAAAAAGAAGAAGAGCAGAAUAACCGCCAAUGUCUCUGGCACCAAAUACGAAAUAGUACGUGUAGUCACCAGGGAGAUGGACUUCAUCAAAGCCCGGGAUGAUGAUGAGACUGCCAACCUCAUCUGGAAUGACUCAGCUGUGCAGCAUGAGAGAAUUGUUGAGCUCAGGAACUAUCAGAGAAUUAACCAUUUCCCUGGCAUGGGCGAAAUUUGCCGGAAAGACUGCCUCGCAAGAAACAUGGCCAAAAUGAUCAGGUGCCAGCCUCAUGAGUACAACUUCACACCCAGAACCUGGAUCUUCCCCGCUGAGUAUACACAGUUCCAGAACUAUGUCAAAGAGCUGCGCAGGAAACGCAAGCUGAAGACCUUUAUUCUCAAACCUGCCAAUGGAGCCAUGGGUCAUGGGAUCUCGCUUAUCCGUAGCUGUGAGAAGCUGCCAACCCACGAGCACUUUAUUGUUCAGGAGUACCUGGACAAGCCCUUCCUGAUGGAGGGCUACAAAUUUGACCUCCGCAUCUACAUCCUGGUUACUUCCUGUGACCCGCUUCGCAUUUUCCUGUACAAUGACGGUCUGGUUCGCAUGGGCACCGAGAAGUACCAUUCGCCCAACGAGGCCAACCUGACCCAGCUUUACAUGCAUCUGACAAACUACUCUGUGAACAAACACAAUGAGAACUUUGAACGAUUUGAGGCAAUAGACAGAGGCAGUAAAAGGUCCAUCAGCUGGUUCAUCGAGUUCCUCCGCGUCAACAACUAUGACGUGUCAAAGUUCUGGGAAGACAUCUCAGAGUUGGUGGUGAAAACACUGAUAGUGGCUGAGCCCCAUGUGCUGCACGCCUAUCGCAUGUGUCGCGCCGGGCAACCACCAGGGAGCGACAGUGUCUGCUUUGAGGUCCUGGGCUUUGACAUCCUCCUGGACCGCAAACUCAAACCCUGGCUGUUGGAGAUCAAUCGAGCUCCGAGCUUUGGGACUGAUCAGAAGCUUGAUUACGAUGUGAAGAAAGGGGUGCUGCUCAAUGCUCUGGAACUCCUCAACAUCAGGGCCAGUGAUAAGAAAAGAAACCUGGCUCAGGAGAAGGCAGAAGCUCAGAGGCGGCUUUAUGGUCAAGGCUUCAUGAGGAAACUUUCAGCUGCUUCCACGGACUGGGAGAAACAACGUCACACGCUAGAACGCAGAAGAGAGGAACUGAAAGAACAACUUGCACAGGUUCGCAGGCAGGUUUCCAGGGAAGAACAUGAAAAUCGACAUCUGGGGAAUUACAGACGUAUUUACCCCCCAGACGACAAGCUGCUGUUGGAAAAGUAUGAAAGCCUGCUCUCGGCCGCCUUUCAGACCUUCCUCGCUGGGCGAGCUGCCUCACUUCAAAAGGAAAUGAAUAAUCCUCUGAAACGAAUGAAGGAAGAAGAUAUACUGAAUCUCCUGGAACGAUGUGAACUGGAUGACGAGAAGCUGACGGGCAAAUUCUCCAGGCAACGAGGCCCAAAGCCCUUGACCGCCAUGCCGGAAUGCAGCCAGAUGCCAAGAAGCCAACGACCAGACUACCUGGCUGACUUCUCCAGUGGCAGCAGCGAAGAUAAUUCAUGCUCCUCGUCCAAUGAAGAAGAGGAAGAGGAGACACGAAAAACAGAAGAAGGAGGAAUUAAAGAAAAGAGAGGCGAGAAGAAGGUCUCCUAUGACCUCAGUGAAAGCAAGGAUAAAAACGUGACUGAGCGCUCAGGCCGCAUGUUCUGGAAACCUCCAAUCAAGUCCCCCAAAACAGGCACUACUCCCUCUGUGUCUCCAACCCUUUCUGGUCCAAUCAGACGUUCUAUCUCUUGCCCUCGCUGCAUUGCCUCCCUCCCCUCACCCAAUGAGAUGCGACCAUUUUCCUCCAGGCCACCUCCGAUGAUUCCGAUGGCAACGCCUCUCACCAGGCCGAGCUCCGCUACGCUGAGCUCCGCUGCGAUUCGUUCUCAUUCGCUGAGCCGUAGUGGCUCCGCCCACCGUGUGCCUCACAGCAGCAGCCUGGGGACUAUCCACUCUAAUGUGGGUGAAUCAUUGAUAAACCUGAAGUCUAAGGAGCAGGAGGCCGAAAUGGUGCGUCAGACCCUCUCAGCACUCACUGCCAUGCGGAUCAGAUUUCCGGGGAAGACUGAAGAAGAGGCUGAGGCAGUGCUAGACGAGAUUCUCGACAACUGGCGGUACCAUAAAUCAAAGGUGGCGUCAUAUUGGUUGGUGAAGCUGGACUCAACCAAACAGCGGAAGGUGUUGGACAUUGUUCGUUCAAACGUUCGCAUGGUGCUGCAGCGGAUCUGGAGGGAGCCGGAUGUAGAGAGCCUGCACCUCUAUCGGCUUUUUAAACGCGUCUUCAAUCGACUGUUGUGGAGUCAUGGCCAGGGCCUUUGGAGCUGCUUCUCCAACACCGGCUCGUCGUGGGAGAUCAUCUUCAGCAAGGGCAGCGAUGUGGUGUCGCCCCAGGAGCUGCAAUGCUGUCGCCGACUCGUCCAGCUGUGCCGGGACUGCCUGUUAGUCGUUUACAAGUUUGUCUCAGAGUCACGUGGCACUUUGACAAGCUUCAGUCCUGAAUGGGAUGAUACAAGGUGCCUGCUGCCAGUGACCUCCCAGUUCAUCAUGAAGUGGCCUUCGUCCAGCUUUGGCCGCGCCUCCACGGCCAUGCCACGCUCCCGCAGCCUUUACGCCGCCAGGAUGGACCACCUCUGAGGUCACCGUGGCAAGCCUGGCUGCCGAAACCUCGCCUUUUGACCUCAACCUCCCCCCCACCGCCCACCUCUUCCACAACUCCCACUCAAGCCAAACUCAGAUCUUAGUAAUCCCAGUAUGGAUGUGAAUUUGAGGCAGCUCUGGACAGUGGGUGGGGUCUCAACCCAUCCCAAUCGCCUUGUGGAAGAUCCAGAAAAAAGGAGAAAAUGCUGGAUGAUUUGGGAUUACUAUAGGGCGUUUUAGUUUAGUUUAUCUUCUUCAGACCAGCUAACCAUUUCCUGUAUCCCUCUCCUCAGCACUAGUAAUAACAGAAGGCAGCUUCACUCUUCUGUCUUCAUUGUAACUGCUGUAUUAUAUUUCACUGUACAGUUUCAAGUCAUGGUACUGUAAAAGGAAUAAUUAACAAUGAAUAAACAAUGCAAGAUUUAUUUAUUUAUGUAACUAUUUAUUUUGUAAGGUAUUUCACAAAUGCAUUGAGUUCUGCUGCAGGAUGCAGUCUGGGAAUAACGUCAACAAAGCUUUGAUUUAUUUGAAUACGUUGAUGUAGAACGCUUAUUUUUGCUGUUCCUAAUUAGUAAUUUUAUUUCUGUACUCAGAUUAUAAUUUAUUUCACAAUUUAUAUCAGAUGGUUUACGUUAAUAACAGUCACUUUAUGUUGUUUAUCAUGCAGAUGAAAUUAAUUAACUGCGAAAGAGGUGAUGCGCAAAGAACGUGGUGUUUUGAAUGCUAACACUGUUUUGUUUCUACUGUGUGAGAUUAAGUGCAGCCCAAUUAAAGCGUUUUGAAUGUCAA